AUGAGGACCGCUCUUUCGCUGCUUUCGCUGGCGAUUCCCGCACUUGGAGCAGGGAUCGUAUACAAUGACCAGAUAGAUGCCGCAUACGAUUUUGUAAUUGCCGGCGGAGGCUUGGCUGGACUUGUGCUUGCCAGUAGACUAUCCGAAGAUUCGAACACAACUGUCUUGGUUCUCGAAGCCGGCGCGUCGGAUAUCCCCGGGAAUGCUUAUUACUCAUCUUUACUCAACACCGACUAUGAUUGGCAAUAUAUGACUGUUCCGCAGCUCAAUGCGGGGAACAGAGUUCUACCUUGGCCCAGAGGGAAAGUGCUAGGAGGAUCCACUGCAGUAAAUGGGCUAUACCUUGUACGCCCCUCUGCGAUCGAAGUCGACGCAUGGUCCCAACUUCUUCCCGGCCAAUCUUCAGCUGCAGCAUGGUCAUGGGCCUCUUUGUUCGAAGCCAUGAAGAAGUCGGAAACAUUCACUGAGCCCUCAGACGCGAUCAAGAACGCAGGGCGAAUUCAAUAUGAUGUCACAUCUCACGGCCGAUCUGGCCCUUUGCAUUAUGCUUAUCCAGGAUUUAUUGUUCCUGUUGUCGGAAACUGGACAUCCACACUUGAUUGGGUUGGUAUCCCUCCCAGUCCAGACGCCAACGGAGGUAGUGGCUGGGGUGCAUUCAUCGCCACUAGUUCGAUCAACCCUAGCAAUUGGACUCGUUCGUAUUCUCGGAGCGCGUACAUCGAUCCCCUUGGUCCUCGCCCUAAUCUGGCGAUCCUGCCCAACGCGACGGUCACCAAGAUCAUCUGGGAACCUAAUAACGAUGGAAACGGAAAGAAAGUUGCACAAGGAGUCGAGUUUGCGGCGUCUAGAGGUGCGCCUAGGCGUAGCGUGACUGCUAGGAAAGAGGUUAUCCUUGCUGGUGGGGCCAUUGGAAGCCCAAAUAUCGCGAUGCAUUCUGGUAUCGGGCCCAGGCCAGUCCUGGAAGGUUUAGGGAUACCCGUUGUCUACGAACUUCCUGGUGUCGGUGCCCAUCUCCAAGAUCACAUUGCGACGGAAGUUGUAUUCCGCACUACGGCCGAGACAGCAGCAUCGAUUCGCGGAUCUGGUACCCUCGAAAACGGCACAUCAGCGCCGUUCUUGUCGUUUAUCAAUUCGGCCAUCGCAUACGCUAACAUUACGGACUUGUUUGGAGAUUGGGCGCCCACUUUCCAAGAACAAGUGCGCGCAAAUAUGAGUGACAAUGUGAAUGCGCUUGUUCCGAACGAUCCGCGGGUAAAGGCUGGUUAUCAGGCUGUGUAUGAGGCUACGACCGAGAAGAUAUUGAUGUCACAGGCCGGGCAAGUCGAAUUGCUGUUCUCGCUUACAGGUACCUCUCAAGGUUCUGACACGAUAGCCAUCCAAGCCGCUCUACAACAUCCCUUCUCGCAAGGACACCUCUACAUCAAUUCGACUGAUCCUUUUGACCCACCCGUCAUCGACCCUCGAUACCUUUCCAAUCCUGGAGACAUUUGGAUGACCCGCGAAGGCCUGAAACUUGCCCGAAAACUCGGCCAAACUCAACCUCUCAACGGAAGCAUCGUCGAAGAGGUAUCUCCAGGCGCAUCCGUCCAAACCGACGCAGAAUGGGACGCAUGGUUGAAGGAUAAGAUUCAAACCGAGUAUCACCCUUCGUGUACAAUGUCCAUGUUACCCGAGGAGCAGGCUGGUGUAGUCGAUGCUGACUUGAGGAUGUACGGAACGAGCAAUGUUCGUGUUGUUGACUCGUCCAUCUAUCCGAUUCAGUUUGCGGCGCAUCUUAUGGCUCCGACAUAUGGAAUGGCCGAACAGGCGGCGUCUAUUAUUCGUGCACAGUACAACGGUGUUCCUCCACCUGCAUCGACCGUUCCGACGAGUGCAUCUGGAAGUGCUACUCAAACCGCAAAUCCUAAUAAUGGUAAUGGAAAUAACACUAACGGUGGGGUUGUCGGAUUGAAGAGUAAUAACGCCUUAUGGGCUGCUUUGUGUUUGAUGGCGGGACUCGUAAUGGUUAUUUAA